AUGACGGGCUCAAACGCCGCCAGAUCCGACUACCCACGCUCCGAGUUUCCCGACUGGGUCCUGCUCUGCGAGGAGCCGCGUUUCUCGGAGCUCCGGAACGAGACCACCGCCGAGUGCGAGACCAGCGAGGGCCAAGCCAUGGAGGUCUCCUUCUGGCUCGUCGACCCGCCGGGCGCCUCCUACUUCUCCUUCAACUGCCCCGGCCUCCACGCAUCCGCCUUCGACGACUACGCGCCGCCCUCCCUCGUUUGCUCCGGGGCCGCCUUCGUCCUCUUCAGCCUCACAAUCAGGGGCGCCGUCCACCACUUCGUCUACACAGCCGCCCCCGCAGGGAAACAAUCGCUUGAAGCGCUCACCGACCCUCCGGUCUGCAGAAGACGGCGGUUCGGUCUCCUGCCCCGCGGCGACGGUGAGCACUACGCCGUGGCCUACGUCGACCGCCAGUGGAUCUCCCAAGACGACGACUGGCGGUUUGACGCGCACGUCUACUCGUCUGAAACGCAGGAGUGGAGCAGCCACAGGUUGUCGCUGCUGCACUUAUCCAAGUCUGACAAGCUGCUCUGUUGUAAGCAUACCUUGUACUACAGGCAUAUCGCCGUUGCAGGCUCACUGGGCUGGGUUGAUCUGCUACGUGGUGUCCUCCUCCUUCGCAACCUGUUCGACGGUGGUGAUCCUGUCAUCGAAUUCAUCCCGUUCCCUGAAUCAAGGGUUAACUUUCUCGACGAGGAUGGCCGCCCUCACCGCGCCUGCGAGUAUUAUUGCAACGUCGCCUGCUGUGAUGAUCUCCUCAAGUUCAUCGAGAUAGAAUUUGACGACCCUCUUGUCAGGACCAGCCGUAAAGGUUGGAGAGCCAAUGUGUGGAACAGGAAGAUCUCAUGGAACAAGUGGGAGAUCCGCUCCACGGUCGAUGUUGCUAGCAUAUCCGUUGACCAAAGCUAUUCUGCUUUAUUGCCUGAGCUGCGACAGGGUGAUUUUCAGAAACUUGACUUGCAGAAACUGAUUUUCUACGCCCCGGUGCUGAGCACCCGCAAUGACGAUCUCAUUUACAUGAUGGCCAAGGUGAAUGCUCAAGAUGAGACUGCCUGGGCCAUUGCAGUUGACAUGGAAAGGGCAGCUGUCGAAGCAAUGGCCCCGUUUUCUCUCGGACGACACCACUACCACAUUGCAAAGAGCAGGCAUGCAUAA